AUGGACUUUGGGUCAUCUCCUGUACUCCCAUCUCUUUCCUCAUCUUCAGAUGUUCUGCUGCCCACUGUGUUACCAUCUACUUUACUUCUCCAUGUCUACUCUCGUCAUCCUCGCCCAUUGACUGAGGUGUCUAGACCGUCUUCCUUGCUGCCCUCUAAUCCUGGUACAUCAGUUCCAUUUAGGCAUGGAGAGCGCAUUGGUUUCAGCUAUCUUGUUUCUCAAAAAUAUACUGGGGAUAAUGCUACAGUCAAAGUUCUCCGUGGUUCAAAGGUAAUUGAGUUCGAUAUAAAACUUGCUACUCACAAGCGGCUCAUCCCAGCACACAAUAAAGGCAGACCCCCUUCUUAUUACAUUGUUGGGGGAUUUGUUUUUACCGCUGUGUCAGUUCCAUAUCUGCGUUCAGAGUAUGGAAAAGACUAUGAAUUUGAUGCUCCAGUCAAAAUACUGGACAAACAUCUGCAUGCAAUGGCGCAAUCUAUUGAUGAACAGCUUGUUGUAAUUUCUCAGGUUCUUGCUUUUAAUGGCAAGCCUGUCAAAAAUCUGAAGAGCUUGGUUAGCAUGGUGGAGGCUUGUGAUAAAGAAUAUUUGAAGUUUGAUCUUGAAUAUCAACAGAUUGCGGUCCUGAAAACUGAAAGUACAAAAGCAGCAACUCUAGGCAUUCUUUCAACACACUGCAUACCUUCAGCCAUAUCCGAUGAUCUCAAGACAUGA